GACUCUAUGGGACCAGUAGUAAAACUUCCACGUUUUGUUAUAUGCAUUUGUUAUUGUUAUCUAGAAUAUUAUUACUUUUCUUUCCUUUUAUUUGGGAAGAAUUUCUAGGAUACAAGCAGACAUGUAAACUGGCAAUAACGCGAGUGCAUAAUCCCCCCCCCUUCUCUUAGUUCUAGUCAGACGCCAGAUUGGAAUAUUUAAUUAAAUAACACCGAAUUAGAAGAGUGAGAAGUGAACCUAUUCAGUAGUACAGAAGUACACGGAGAACUUCUUGGUGGCUAAGCAAUGUCGUCAUUUAUCGUCAAGUCGGUUAGGUGAGUUUACAAGAUAAGUUCCCUGUACACACCGUUCCGAUCGUCUCUAACUCUCUUCUCUCUAUAUAGUCGCACCAUAGCUAGCUGCUUUAACCAAACCAAUCUUCUACACACAAAAAACACCUCUCUUACUUCCUCUCUUAUAUCCAUUUGUACUCUCACAUACUAUCCAAAAUGGGUAAUCCACUACUACCAAAAGUAUCCGCCUUCGUAAAUGAAGCUAUCUCAGUCGCCAGAAUAUCUCUCCCAUUGGUCUUCCCAGGCCUACUCCUCUACUUCCCCUACUUCGUCUCUCUGUAUUUCCUCGAAGGUCUCGGUCGCCUCACUUUCGCCGGAGGCUUCCUAGCUCUAACGUUUGCCGACAUAACCGGUUACUCACUCUUCUCCGGUUUAACCAUGGGCAUCGGAUCAAUCUGCCCUCCAGCCUUCGGUGCAAAACGCUAUUACCUCUUCCGAGCUACCAUCCGGCGAGGAAUCAUACUCCUCCUCUUGACAUCGAUCCCUGUUUCACUUCUUUGGAUCAACAUCAAGAAGAUUCUUGAAAUGUUGAAACAAGACGAGGAUCUCGCGUCUGAAGCUCAAACCUUUCUGCUUUACUCUGUUCCUGACCUCGUCGCUCAAUCAUUCUUACAGCCUUUGAGAGUUUAUCAAUCAAAGACUAUGCCUUUAUCAAUCUGCACGGCGAUCGCGUGUGUUCUCCACUUGCCCAUCACGUUACUCCUCGUGUCGUAUCUCGGGUUUGGUAUCAAAGGUAUCGCCUUGAGUGGUGUCGUGUUAAACUUCAACCUUGUCAUCUUUCUUUGCAUCUACAUCGCUUUCUUGGAAGAGAAGCUAAGUAGCAAUGAGGAGGUUUUAGAGGAGUCGUAUGAAGAUAGAAUGAGAGAAUGGAAGAAGUUGCUCGUUCUUGCACUACCGGUUGCCGAUGGCAAUGAUUAUGGCGUUUUGGUUUGGGUUCGUAUUCAAGGGACUUUGGCUCGGGAUGCUCGCGGCCCAGAUGUCUUGUUUGAUUGGUAA